CUCACAGCUUCACUUUGCUUUAUGUUACCCAAGUCUUGACCAUUAUUUUAGUUCAGGCCUCAGGCCUCAUAUCGGGCCUCUGAUAAGGGUUCGUGUUUCAGGGCCUCAUCUUACUACAAUGCACUUUGGCUGAUCAGACUUUAUGUUGAAUCUCAUCCCACAGCCAUCUCCUCCUUCACCAAGAUGUGUCAUUUUCCUCUCUCCUGGGUUUCUUGCUGGGCUCACUCAGCUGCAUUGUCUUACAAGACCUCAGUUCCUUGGCUGUUCAAGGAUGGAGAGAUGGUUUCUGGUAGUGUAGAGGUUCCAAGACUUAACUCAAAAUCUUUCUGUAAAAGAGCACUGCUUCCUUUCCCUCUCUGCCAUCCCUCCCCUUGACCCAUGAGCAAAUCUGCUCUAGGUAGCCCUUUGAGACAGAAUUGGUGACCCAAGUGACGGUCCAAUGUUUUACUCACUAUAGGGUAAGAUUCACCCCUGGGCAGAGGACCAUCACAAAGGCCCAUGCUCCACUUAAGUCCCUGCUAAGACUGAGUUUGAAAGUUUAAGAUGGGACUAACAUUGUUCAUAGGCAUUGUACUCUCCCCCUGCCAAAGGGUGAAUUUCAAACUUAAAGGCCUGACAGGAAACAUACUGGAGGAAAUGGAAUGAUUCCCAUUUAUUUCAAAGGGGAUUGGAUCUGACCUGUUGGGAAUGGAGGUGGUGAGAAUGGAUAAAAAUGGCUCCCUGCUUCCUAGCAUGUUUAGAAUGAACUGCCCCAUGCCCCGAAUCACUACUAGCAUGAAUUGAAAGGACCAAACUGGGUUCCUUACACGAUACCCACUUGUGCUAUUGAUGCUGCUCAGAGUCACCUUGACAUUCAUUCUCAUUGCAGCGCCAAUGAAGUCAGUGGAAUGACACAAGAACGGUAGUUGGCCUAAACAAUUUUAAGAUGAAAGACAACUGAACAGUGCAACGUGCAUGUCACACCCUCUGAGGCUGAGAUUAGCCGAAUAAUCACCAACGCUGAGGAAAACAAUAUAACUAAUUAGGACCUCCUCCCAAAACGGCAUUGCAGAUCCUCCAGGAAGUCCUAGGAACUGUAUAUAAGUGCUCACAACUCAGAGCUCUUCUAAACACUUCUCUGGACUUCAUCUCCUCGGUGAACUGGGUUUACCUCCAUCCCAGAAAGAUGACUUUCUCCAGCCUGUACUAUCCAGAAUGCGGGGUGGCCCGACCCAGUCCAGUUACUGGCAGCGCCAACGAGCCGUGCGUUAGGCAGUGCCCUGACUCCGAAGUGGUGAUCAGACCCUCACCGGUUGUUGUGACCAUUCCAGGACCAAUUCUCAGCAAUUUCCCUCAGCAGAGUGAAGUAGCAGCCGUAGGAGCACCUGUGGUCGGAGCCGGUUUUGGAGGAUCAUUUGGUUUGGGAGGAUUGUACGGUUAUGGAGGCCAUUACGGAGGAUUGUAUGGUUUAGGGAGAUUAGGUGGUCACGGGGGCCAUUACGGUUAUGGGCGAUUAUUGGGCCAUGGGGGAUACUACGGUUACCCGGGCCUUUAUGGUUAUGGGGGAUUAUUAGGCCAUGGGGGAUACUGCGGUUACCCGGGCCUUUAUGGUUAUGGGGGAUUAUGGGGAUACGGGGGAUAUGGCCGUAGUGGAUAUUGUGGACCAUGUUAAACCCAGCAGGAACAUCCGUGGAUGACAGGAAAACCAGUAAAUGAACAGCAAGAUACAGAUUCACCCCUGAUCUUUUGGGCAUGGCUUUCAGAAGUGUUAUGCAAACAUGGCUCCAGUUGAACUCAGUGGGAGCUGUGGGUGCUCAGCACCUUGUGCUGACAGCCAUGCUGCCUUUCUAAUGUUACGCUUUGUGACUCUUUCUGCUAAUGCUUUCCCAGCUAUGUGCUGAUUCUCUUUUUCACAUGUGGACUCAUUCUGAAUUACAUGCAGGCUGUUUACACUGACCCCUCAGUGUGAAGUAAACAGGGGCCUUAAGAUAGGCAUCAUUUAUGUUUAUUAUCACUUAAGUCCCUUUAGAAUUAGGAUCUAUAUGUUCUAUCCUUUCCAUCAGUAUGUACCUUUAAUGCCUCACUUUGAUAUUUGCUGUGGGCAGAUGUCUAAUGGAGAAGCUGCGUAGUCCCCUGCUUUGAUUUUGCUUUGUCUCAUUUUCUACCGACCUGGGGUAAAACAAAGAACUUAUAAUGGUUACAAAGGGGACUUGUUUCUCAACCUCUGCAGCAGCAACAAAGCAAACAGAACAUCGUGUCUGAAAUGAGCCCCACUGAGGCGUGUGAUUGGUCGCAACUCUUCUUGAAACACUGGAAAAACAUUCUUUCUGCUCUGUAGUAUUUCUUCCUGUAACUGUGUACUGCCAAUUUCAUCUGCAUUAAAAACUCUG